AACAGAUACCCGGAAGUCACGAUUAAAAACAAUUUUAGUCAUGACUAACAUUCAAUAAGUCUAAGGUGACACUUUAAAAUUAAGUUAAUACAGCAAAAUCAAUUAUGUUUGCACAAGUGCAGUCUUCAAAUAUCAGCGCUGCAAGUUCAACAAAUAAUGUUGGUUUAUAUGAGGAGGUGAAGCUAUACAAGACAGCAAGGGAAAGAGAAAAAUAUGACAACAUGGCAGAUUUGUAUGCCCUCAUUAAUACACUACAGAGUUUAGAAAAAGCUUACAUCAAAGAUGCAAUUCUUGCUAAAGAGUACACAGCUGCAUGUUCAAAGUUGCUUGUGCAGUAUAAAGCUGCAUUCAAACAAGUCCAGAGUGAAUUCCAUACUAUUGAAGAAUUUAUGAAAAAAUAUAGGCUGGAUUGCCCUGCAGCUCUGGAGAGGAUCAAGGAAGAUCGCCCAAUAACUAUCAAGGAUGACAAAGGAAACACCAGCAAGUGUAUUGCUGAUAUUGUCUCGUUAUUUAUUACUGUGAUGGACAAACUGAGACUGGAAAUAAGAGCCAUGGAUGAGAUUCAUCCUGAUUUACGAGAUCUGAUGGAAACGAUGAACAGACUGAGCAUUCUUCCAAGGGAUUUUGAAGGGAGACAGAAAGUUAAAAAAUGGCUGGACACACUAAGCUCCAUGAAGGCAUCAGAAGAAUUAGACGAUGGACAAGUAAGACAGAUGCUCUUUGAUCUGGAAUCAUCAUACAAUGCUUUUAACCAAGUCCUUCAUGACCAUUAGAUCCAAGCAAUUGGCAUUCAACAAUGCAGACACUAUUUUUCAGUCUUGUGACAAAAUGUUUAUAAAGCAGGAUGAUCUCAAGAGCUAACUUCAAGUUAUUCAGUAUGUCCACACUCAAGUCCAUAAAAUGUCAACACAUUUAUGUAUCAACUGUGAAAUCUGAUCAGCAUUGCUAUCAGUAAACAUUUUCAAACUUAAUGGUUUAUUAGGAUGAUGUGUAUGUGUACGUGUGCCAAUACAGAAAUUAGAAAAUAAUAUGUCUUUUAUAUGUAUGAUACUACUGAAUAUGUUAUGUACGUCUGACAGAAAGUUCAGUAAAUGAGAAAAAGGAAAGGAAUGUUUGUGCUUUUAAAUUAUGACAGUUUGGUGUGUAGAAAUCUGCUGCUAUCAUAUGGGCUAUUAUUACUGAAUCAGUGCAUUUAAUACUUAGUAAACUUUUCGCCAUAGUCAGACAGCAGAUACCACAAGCUUUGAUAUGUCAAUCAUGAACACCUAUUUCAAUAUGGAAAGGCCAUUGGCAUAGCCAGGAUUUUAUAUUGGGGGAGGGGGUUACACAUACUGCUACACAUGUUAUGGGGUGACACCAUGACAGGCAAAUAUAAAUGGUGGUAGGGGAUCAAGAGGCUAUGCUAAUGGAAAAGACGUGGGAUCUACUGAGUGUGAUCGAUUCUUUGACUAUUGCACCACUUCUUGAGUAAACAAAACAGCUGAUUUUAACUUUUUACAUUUGGUUACACAUAUGUAUUAAUGUUUUAGGGACUGUCUCAAAUUUUCAUCACUUCUCCCUAAAUGAAUAACCCUCUAAUACCUUUCAACCCCCCCCCCCCCCCCCCCCCCUCCAAAUGAAUUCAGUCAGGAACAAAGGUGUUGAAAUUUUUUGGUCCACAAAAUUUGUACCUUCCUACAGUCAAUAAACAAAUAACAGAUGCAUGGCAAAGGUAUUUAGGUGAUGUUUAUUAUUUUGAUUCAUUUAAAACAAUGAACAGUCAAUUCAGUUCACUGGAGUCUCAGACUAGUGGAAAACAAUUAUCUUGUUUUAGAUAAUCUGUGCAGAAGAACAAUGGAUAUAUCAAGACAUUUAUGUUCUACAAAACAACUGACAUACAUUAAUAAAUUAGUUAGAUUUUUAUUCAUACCACCCAUCAUAUAUGAAAAGGAACAUCCCAUGCUGACAUUGUGUGUGAAACGUGUCACUGUAACGAGAAGUCUUAUGCUGCGUUCGGAUGUGCUCGAAACCUGAAAUUUCAAACCGUAAUUGCCAAGACUAAUAAUUAUACUGUUCAUGUGUAUUUCAUGAAAUUCUUCUUUAACUGUGAUUUCAAAUUUCACUUUAUAAAUAAAUAAAUAAAUAAACAUGCACUUUUUGACACUUCCAUUUUCAACUUUUUAUCCGCAUGGGUGUUUUACCCCCCCCCCCCCCCCUUUCAUGGGUUAUUCGUUUAGGGAGAAGUGAUAACAUUCUGAGACCAUCCAUUAGAUGGUUAUUGCUAUAGAUGUCAUAUAGAACACAUGCUAUACAAAUUUUACACACAUCUGUAACGCCACCUUUGUAUGAUAUUCGUAUGAUUUUAUGAAUAAAUAAUAAUUUAUUACAUCUUUGUAUGUUUAAUUUCACUACAUUAUAUAACUCACAUCUUCAUCCAUGGUAAUAAAUAAUCAACCAUUCCAACCCCCCCCCCCCACACACACACACACACACACAUCGCCACUACUCCAUUCGGCUACACAACUCUUUAUGUAUGAAUAUGUAGAACAGAUUUUCAACACAUGGGUGUCUACGUUAAUAUUAUUUAGGACAGUAUGUUUUAUUGUAAGUAAUCUUGUCAUGUAUGUUUUUAAUUGUCAUAAAAUUGUUACUUUAUUAAUUAUGACACUACAAUAAAAUGAUAAAAUUAG